ACUUGAAAAUUGAAUAUUUUCAUAAUGAUUUGGGGGCACUCUUUUAACAAGAAAAGGAUUCAACUUUUCCUAGUAUACGACGUCCUGGCAAGCAUACUUCUGCUUCAUCCAGUUCUCUACCAUCAAAGAAACUUCACUAAUGGAGGCAACACCAAGACCCUCCAUCAACAUCAUGACUGCACUAUUGCUUCUCUCUCUCCACGGCUUCAUUGGACCAGCAGCCAUGGCUGAACAACCCAGCAUCUCCGCAGACCAGGCCUCCCUUCUUGCCCUGAAACAGCACAUCACCGAUGACCCAGAAGAUCUCUUGUCCACAAACUGGACAGAGACAACAUCGGUCUGCAACUGGGUUGGGAUCACUUGUGGCACCACCCACACUAGCAGGGUCACGAGACUCAACCUUGCCUGCAUGGGCCUCUCAGGCACGCUCCCUCCUCAGCUGGGCAACCUCUCUUUCCUCGCCUACUUCAACAUCACCAACAACACGUUCCAUGGGUCUCUCCCGGUGGAGCUCUCGCACCUCCGCCGACUUCAGUACUUCAGUGUCAGGGGCAACUUCUUCGAAGGGGAGAUCCCGCCAUGGCUCGCCUCCUUGCCACGGCUCAAGUACCUGUUCUUGAAUGCCAAUGGCUUCUCCGGCACGAUACCGGAGUCUAUUUGCAAUGUGUCCACGCUGCAGACGCUCGAUCUCAGCGAAAACCAGCUUGCCGGCACCAUACUGCCGCUGAUCUUCAACAUCCCGCUGCUGAAGGUGAUCGACCUCAGCAACAAUCAGCUCUCGGGUGCGAUGCCGUCCUCCGUCUUCAGUGAAUCUCCGCUUCUGGACAUCGAUCACAGCUCCAACAGCUUAUCUGGUGUCCUUCCCCAGAACAUUUGUGGGAAUCUUCCGAACUUACAAGGACUAUUCUUGUCCUUCAAUCAGUUCAGUGGAGGGAUACCAUCCAGUUUGUCUGAAUGCAGGCAGCUUCAGGUUUUGGCCCUUUCAGUGAAUAAUUUUUCAGGAACCAUACCUAGAGAGCUUGGAAACUUGACUCUGCUCAAUGGGUUAUAUCUCGGCGUGAACAAUUUGAUUGGGGAAAUACCAUCCGAAAUUGGGAACCUACAGAACUUGCAGGUCCUGAGCCUAACAAACAGCAGCUUGUCCGGGCCCAUCCCACUGGCGAUCUUCAACAUAUCGACAAUUCAAGUGAUCACGAUGGCUAUCAAUCUUCUCACUGGAACUUUGCCAUCAAGCUUCGGCUUCUCCAUGCCAAAUCUUAUGCAACUUUUUCUCGGCGUGAACAACUUAACAGGCCCGAUCCCGAGCUCACUCUCCAACUGUUCCCAACUAACCUGUCUAGACUUGACCUUCAACUCAUUCUCUGGCUCUAUUCCUUCCUCACUGGGCAAGUUAGAGUACUUGCAAUGGUUACACCUGGGUGCGAACAAUUUGACCAGUGAACCUUCAAGUGAUGGAUUGAGCAUAAUCACAGCUUUAGGUAAUUGUAGAUAUUUGAGGAGGAUCGACCUGGGGCAGAACAAGCUGAACGCUUUCCUUCCUUCGUCAAUAGGGAAUCUCUCUAGUAAUCUGAAGGAGCUUAACAUGCCGAAUUCCAAGCUCGUUGGUGGCAUUCCUAGUGAGAUCAGCAAUUUAAGUGGCUUGAUCCUCUUCAGUGUCGGAGAUAACAAGUUGUCCGGGCGUAUUCCCACAACAAUCGCAGGGAUAAGUGAAGUUCAAGCCUUGGAUCUUCAGGACAACAAACUGCAAGGGCCGAUUCCUGAGGACAUCUGUAACCUCCCGAGCUUGGCUUUCUUAGAUUUGAGCAGCAACAGGCUCGACGGAUCAAUACCGUUUUGCAUUGGUAACCUUACUUCCUUAAGAGAACUCCACUUGGACUCUAACCGGUUUACAGGCAUUAUACCCGAUUCGUUAUGGAAUAUAAACAACAUAUUGAUGUUAAAUAUCUCCACGAAUCUUCUGAGCGGCAAUCUUUCUCUUGGAGUUGGAAACCUGAAGGCCGUGACCGUUUUAGACUUAUCAGGAAACCAACUGUCGGGAGAAAUACCCAACUCCAUUGAAAACCUUCAAAACAUGUUGAACUUCUCUUUAUCACAUAACACAUUUCAAGUGAUAUUCCCGAAUCAUUUGGAAAUAUGGUGAGCUUGGAAUCUCUGGAUUUAUCAAGUAACAACUUGACCGGACCGAUCCCCAAUUCGUUGGAGAAGCUAUCAUACCUCCAAUACUUGAACCUCUCUUUCAACCACUUAACCGGCAAGAUUCCUUCAGGUGGCCCUUUUGCAA